UUUGUAUUCAAACGCGAAACGUCAGAACGUGAUACGACAUUUGGCAGACAUAAAAUCCCCAAGUUGUUUUCGAAGUUUAUAAAUUUUAAAGAUUUUGUUCUUUGGAUUCUACAAGAAUUGUUUCAUUCAUAUCGGAGAGACUGGAACUAAACAAACUAAAAUCAAAAAUAGACAGAAUAAGAAACAAGUAUUAUGUCUUAUGCCACCAAGCAAGGUCCCCAGCUGCUAAAUGGCUUUAAACGUUUAGGCCGUUUCGACAAAGGACUGGGCGCCCAGCUUCCUGAAGCCUACAAGAAAUUCUGGCGAGAAUGGAAAAUGACAAAACCAGCGGCUGUUCACUACAUUCCCAAAAAUGGCGAAUGGGAACGUGAUGAAGUUACUAAUGAAAUUAAACCCAUACAAAAUAUUCCAUUGCCUUUGAUCGACCCUCCAGAGACCCACCAAGGUAUUUGGGGUGGUGAAGCUGUCAUCAAGGGAUUUCAAAAGCGUCAACGUCUCUCACGCCGGGUUCCUCAUUUUUGGGUACCGGUUCUAAAACGCUCUGUUGUACACAGUCAGGUGCUCAAUGAAUACAUGUCAGUGGUGGUAACUGACCGAACAAUACAAAAAAUUCAUGAAUGCCAUGGAUUUGAUCAUUAUCUGCUGAAGAAUCCAGCUUGUGAUUUAAGAUCAGCCUUGGCUUUGUCUCUCAAACGCAAAAUACUUCAAGAACUUUUAAACGGCUGUCCCUCUUUGGCAUCUCAACCCACUGAACGUCAGCGAGUCCUUAAAGAAUAUAAAUGCUAUUUAGAAUCGUAUACCCCCGAGGAGAUUGAUUGGUAUGGCUACACAUAUGAAGAAGCCAUUAAAAAAAUGGAUGCCCAAUUGCGCGAGGAAAACAAAGCGCUACCACAUAAAAUUCAAUUUCGCCUCAAGUUAAUUGAGCAAUUGAAGCAGGCCGGUAUAAGUGAAGCAGCAGGAGCUAUGGAAGCUUCUGAUAAACCUUCAACAAAGGAUUCUUCAGGCGGUGAUGCAGAUAUAGAGGCUUUAACGAAAUUGGAAUCCCCUUCUUCAAGUUCAACUCCCUCAAACUGGCUGUCAAAAAUCAAUCCUUUUGGAAAGAAACAAGAAACCUAAAAUAAUUGUUUCUCUUAAUGAUUUUACUGCCGUAUUCCGAUUUGUUAUGAGGUAUUAAAAUAUGAAGAUUAUUUUAAAAUUUAUUAAGAAAUUCUGACAGCAACUAAAACUGAAUAUAUUUUAUUGUUGUCAGAAAUUCGUUGUUAAAUUUUAUAAAUACUUUUCAGAUUUUGAAAAGCCCAAUAGUCGUUACUUUGAUGUCUAUUUGAUGAUUCACUUGUAAAUGAAGAUCAAAAAUUCUUUGAUUUGAAUUGUUUACAUUAAAAAUUUUGGUUUCCUAAGUAAA